AUUUCGUUCCGCAUAAUGCCAAAUUCGUCAACUUGCAUCAGAACACAUGGACAGAAGUUAAUUUUUUUUUGUGACAUUUUAGGAUUAUUUCACACAUAGACAGUCAAAAUGGUGUUGACUUGUCGUUUUUACUCUAACAAGUACCCUGAGAUGGAGGACGUUGUAAUGGUCAAUGUCCAAUCCAUCGCAGAAAUGGGAGCUUAUGUUCAUCUACUCGAAUACAACAACAUAGAGGGCAUGAUCUUGCUCAGUGAAUUGUCCAGACGACGUAUCCGUUCUAUCAACAAACUUAUCCGAGUCGGCCGAAGUGAAUGCGUGGUUGUAAUAAGAGUGGACAAAGACAAAGGUUAUAUUGAUUUGUCAAAGAGAAGAGUUUCUCAAGAAGAAGUUGCUAAAUGUGAAGAAAAAUUUGCUAAGGCAAAGGCAGUAAACAGUAUACUUCGCCAUGUGGCUGAGUUGUUGGAGUACGAAACUGAAGAGCAGCUAGAAGAUCUGUAUAAAAAAACAGCUUGGUACUUUGAUGACAAAUACAAAAAGCCAGGCUCCUCUUAUGAAGUAUUCAAGCAUGCUGUAACAAAUCCAGAAAUAUUGGACGAGUGCGAGAUUGAUGAUGAGACAAAAGCCACUUUACUUGAGAACAUCAGACGGAGAUUAACACCUCAGGCUGUUAAGAUUCGAGCAGAUUUAGAAGUGGCAUGCACGAACUACGAGGGAGUGGAUGCUGUAAAGAGAGCAUUGAAAAAAGGCCUUGAAUUUACAACGGAGGCCAUGCCUAUAAAGAUAAAUCUGAUUGCCCCACCGUUGUAUGUGAUGACAACACAGACUCUGGAGAGAUCGGACGCCCUGGCCUUGUUAAACAAGGCAAUCGCAGCCAUCAAACUGAAUAUAGAGGAGGCUGGAGGUGUAUUUAAUGUCCAACAACAGCCACGUGUCGUGUCAGACAUUGAUGAACAGGAGUUGGCCAAGAAACUACAACAGCUAGAGGAUGAAAACAGAGAGGUUAGCGGAGACGAGGAUAGCGAGGAGGAAGACGAGGGAAUGGGCGUCGCUGGGGACAUAGAGGAGGAGGAGGCGGCAGCAGAUCCCAAAGCAGACGCUGUUGAAUGAUUGUAUGAACAUAUUGAAAGAUACAAAAAAGACCUUGUGGCAGGAAGUGGAGAGAUUUUAUCAUGAACAACAGUUGACUUUUAAAUUCAAAAUUAAUGCAGAGAAUUUCCAAUAAAAUACAUGCCAUUGUAUGGAUAAGCAAUACUAGUUAAUAUGGCUAGUUAAACUGUAAGAUCUUUAAACUGUCCCGUUAGUAGUAAUUGGAUAGAAACAAAACAUGGCAUGGGCUGGAAUUUUCGGAACAAUCUGAGGAAGGUUGCGUUGUUUAUGUUUAUAUUGAUAGGAUCAAAAGCCUGUGCUAUAACAGGAUUGUGUUCAGUAUGUGCUAAAUGAGACAUCAUUUGUGUCGACACCAAACAGAUCUGUCCAUAUAUAGGUGUACUUUCUGAUGCAUGUUUGCUACAUGUUUAAAUUAAAUUAAAAGUACGUCAGCACUCAGAUGAAACAUAAGUGCUUCCUUUUUCUGAUUACUACUGUUUGAAGUAGAAAGUCUACUUUGUCAAGUAAUUGGAUGCAUAUUGGGAUGCAAGUUUAUUUAGUAAACAGUACAAUAUCUGUAUCAGAAGUGAACUUUUCAGUAAAUUAAAAUCUUUAAGAUGAAUGUCUUAAAACAGUGAAAUACGACAAGUUUGAACCAUUCAUUCUUGUUUCCACACAUAAAUGGAGCAAUUUUUGUGUAAUAAAUGUUUCUUUCUCAAGAUAUGGAACAUAAUGUAUCAUCUUUCAUUAGGGAUUAAUUUAUUCCAAACUGAUGUCAGGUCGUUACUUUUGUACAUGUACAUUAUGAUAUCGUAAUAAAUAAUCAAACCUG